AUGUCCUCCUCUACCAAUCGCGACGUGCCUCUUCUCACACGACCCCAAAUCGCUCAGAGGAUAUGUGAGGGCCAACAGCUCAUCAUCCUCCACUCAGAAGUGAUCAAUGUCAGCUCGUGGUCACCUCACCAUCCAGGAGGAGCUUUGGCUCUACUUCAUUUCGUAGGGAGAGAUGCGUCAGAUGAGAUCGAAGCUUAUCAUUGUGAUGCCACACUCGAACGAAUGAAGAAGUACGUGGUGGGAAGGGUACAAGUAGAUGAAAAGGGUUGGAAACCACUCACUCCUCCUAUUGCUUUGGGGCUGGUCAGACAUCCCAAUGGGGUGAAGAAUAAUUGGGUAAAGGAAGGGAUGGUAACUCUUGGACAGAGUAUACUACAACAGCAAGUCAAUAUACCUAUCACGUUGAAUGAUGAUAAAGCACCUAUACCUACUAUCACGGCAUCUGUUGAUCCAUCUGAUAUACAGCUGAAAGAGGAGAACGUGGAGAUAUAUAGACUGAUCGUCGAACAACUUGAACCGCCCAAUUCGGAAUUAGAUAGAGAAAUAGAGUAUAAACGAUCAAUGGCUUUCCAAGAGUUGAAAAAGAGAGUGAGAGACGCUGGAUUGUUCAAACCUUCUGGAUGGCUUUAUGGUUACGAAACGGAGAUUAUCAGGUAUAUGGCUUUGGCUAUGGGAGCUUUUGGUCUGUUCUACUAUACGAAUGGUUGGUUAGGUCAAAUGACUUCUGCAUUAUGUCUUGGUUUACUGUUCCAGCAAUUAGCCUUCGUCGUACAUGAUGCUGGUCAUAAAGGUAUAACAACAGAUUAUUUCUGGGAUAGGAUGAUAGGUAUGACUGUAGCUAGUUGGAUCGGAGGGCUUAGUGUGGGAUGGUGGUGCGACAAUCAUAACAUCCAUCAUCUCGUUACCAACCAUCCAGAACAUGAUCCAGACAUUCAGCAUAUCCCUUUCUUCGCUAUUUCGAAAGACUUCUUCGGAUCCCUGUGGUCCACAUACUACAAGCGAGUAAUGGCUCUCGAUGGGUUCUCAAAAGUCAUGAUCAGUGUCCAACACAAGCUAUAUUAUAUAGUCCUCUCUUUGGCCAGAUUCAACCUUUAUGCCAACUCGUACAUUUACUUACUAGGACCAAAACCGAAAAGGGAUAAUUACUGGAGAUAUGAAAUUGCCGGUAUCGCUUGGUACUGGUUCUACUAUCUAUCGAUGUUGAAGAGCCUACCAAGUUGGAAAAUGAGAUUGGGGUAUCUGCUCGUUAGUCACAUAGCCGCUAGUCCCGUACAUGUUCAGAUUGUCCUAUCACAUUUCGCAUGUUCGACUGAAGACCUCGGUCCCACCGAAUCCUUCCCAUCACGUCAACUACGUACGACGAUGGAUGUGAUUUGUUCACCCAACAUCGAGUUCAUACAUGGUGGAUUACAUCUCCAAGUGACACAUCAUUUGUUCCCUAGAUUGCCUAGACACAAUCUACGAGCUGCCAGUUUGUUGGUUAAGCAAUAUUGUGAUGAGCAGGAUAUAGUCUACAAGGAAUAUGGAUGGUUGAAUGGUAAUCAACAAGUCCUGACGGUUUUGAAAGACGUGGCUAACCAACUUGAAUUGCUAAAGAAAGUUGCAGAUGGAGAGAUACAGGAGAGGAUGAUGAAGUGA